CUUCCCCUUGAGGGGACGGGCCGGGUCGGGCCGCGCCGCCGCGCCGGGAGAGGAGCGGAAAGUGGGGAAAGCCCGAGAACUUCCCGUCUGCCCGCCCGCGCCUGCCCCGUCGGGCUCCGCCGAGUCCCUCCAGAGAGAUGUCUGAGACUCCUGCUCCGUGUUGCAUCAAGCAGGAAAGAAUUUCGUACACCCCUCCCGCGAGCCCGGUACCAAAUUACACCUCGUCACCACUACAUGUCCCAGUGCCUCAAGCCAUCAGGAUGGAGGACGACACCGUCAGACUGCCAGCACACCUGCGUUUGCAGCCAGUUUACUGGAGCAGGGAAGAUGUGGCCCAGUGGCUCCGGUGGGCAGAGAAGGAGUUUUCCUUGAGGCCCAUUGAGAGCAGCACCUUCGAGAUGAACGGCAAAGCUCUGCUGCUCCUGACCAAAGAGGACUUUCGAUACAGGUCCCCUCAUUCAGGUGAUGUUUUGUAUGAACUCCUUCAGCAAAUCCUGAAGCAAAGGAAAGCUCGGAUGCUCUUCACACCCUUCUUCCACCCUGGGAACUCUAUCCAUGCUCAGCCAGAGGUCAUAUUGCACCAGAAUCAUGAUGAAGAUAGCUUUGUGCAGAGAACCCCGAGGCCAUCUGCAGAAGCAGUCCACCACAACCCCCCAACCAUUGAACUGUUGCAUCGCUCGCGCUCGCCCAUCACCAACAACCACCGUCCAUCGCCAGACCUCGAGCAGCGCCCGCUCAAGUCCCCCAUGGACAGCACCCUGCGCCGCCUGUCCCCGGCCGACAGGAUGCCAGGGACAAGGCACCAGCAUGAGAACAACCAGCAGGAGCCCUAUCCUCUCUCAGUGUCCCCAAUAGAAAACAACCACUGCCCGCCUCCUUCCGAGAUGCUCCAGAAGCCCUGCAGCCCUCGCCAGGAGAACACCAGGGUCAUCCAGCUGAUGCCCAGCCCAAUCAUGCAUCCUUUGAUACUGAACCCCAGGCACUCCGAUUUCAAACCUCCGAGGUUGUCUGAGGAUGGGCUGCACAGGGAUGUGAAGCCCAUCAACCUGUCCCACCGAGAAGAGUUAGCUUACAUGAACCACAUCAUGGUGUCUGUCUCCCCUCCCGAGGACCACGCCAUGCCCAUCGGCAGGAUAGCAGACUGUAGGUUGCUUUGGGAUUAUGUUUAUCAGCUGCUUUCUGACAGCCGGUACGAAAAUUUUAUUCGAUGGGAAGAUAAAGAAUCCAAAAUCUUUCGGAUAGUGGAUCCCAAUGGGCUGGCCCGGCUGUGGGGAAACCACAAGAACAGAACAAAUAUGACUUAUGAGAAAAUGUCCAGAGCCCUACGCCACUACUACAAAUUAAAUAUUAUCCGGAAGGAGCCAGGACAAAGGCUUUUGUUCAGGUUCAUGAAGACCCCAGACGAGAUCAUGAGCGGCCGGACAGACCGCCUGGAGCACCUUGAAUCCCAGGAACUGGAUGAACAAAUAUACCAAGAGGAUGAGUGCUGAAGGAAGCAGGUGCAGCACCUCUGUGGCUCCAGGGGAGGAACAUCAGCCCGACGGUCGGCACGCUUUGGGAGGGGAAGCAACAGCACAGGAGCAGUACUUGAGGUCGCUGCUUAGCUCGAAGACCACGCAGGACCUGAAGCACCUUAACAAAACAAACUCACCGGCAGAAGUGGUGCUGGCAGGAAAGCCAAGGGGAGAAAGCCUGGACUUAUGCACUACUUCACUGUUCCUACAAAGUCUCCCUUGAGUUUUUUCUUUCUUUUUGGUUUGUUUCAGUUUUGGGGGUUUUUUGUCAUUUUUUUUUUCCCUAAUAAACAUGCAGUUUGACUUUCCUUAUCUCACAUAGGAC